UUGACUUUGAGCAUUUUGCUAUAUUCACAGAAGUUAGAAGUACAUGUAUAAGGUUUUUUAAAAUAGGUAUUUUGAAUCAGGUAAUGUCGGCAGUUAAUUCUUCCACCACCUCAGUUUCCAAAGGAUGCUUUGUGAUCCGACCCAAAAAAAUACGGCAGCGUAUAAACGAAGAGAAGCUCUAUCGCCUUACAGGUGAAUCAAAAGAACACUGCCAACUUAGACAUGAGAUAUUUCAAAAAACUUGGUGUAUUGUCGACGAUCAAGUUAAUUUAUUACAUACCAGCCUUAAUGAAGAUGUGUUUGCUAGUAUUAUGGAAUUUAUUGUUGGGAACAAGUUCCAUAAUUUUAAGAAAAAUGGUGUGAAGAGAGAAAUUCCUACUGGUGUGUUCAUUACAGGAGUAAAUCUUCCAGAUCAUGAUGACAUUUUCUCACAAUUACAUCGUACUUUGUUAAAAAUCACACCUUAUAUAUCCCGUUUGUGUUCAAAAAGCUGUCCUAAUUUAAAGAUGAUUUUGAAAGAGGCCAUAAUUCAAAUCAUGGUAUGUGAUAAUGGGCAAAUCUCCAAAUCUACUCCUGAUGGUUUGAAUUUGAAUUUGAAUUCGAGGAAAGGAAAUCCUACUUUAAGUACUUUCAGUGAAUGGUAUCAACUAAUGGAGAGUGGUGAUGAAAAGCGACCAGUCAUUUUUAUUUUUGAAGAUUUUGAAUGUUUUCAGCCUAGUGCUUUGCAAGAUUUCAUCACCAUAUGUAAUCUUCAUAUUGACGAUUUCCCAAUUAUUUUGCUGUUUGGAAUUUCCACUUUACCUGAUAUUGUCCACAAAUUAUUGCCUUAUUCAAUUACUUCAUGUUUGUGUAUUGAAAAGUUUCAUGCUCAGCCAUCUAUUACAUAUCUUCUUGAAGCUAUCAACCGCAUCAUUUUGACAGAUGAUAUCCCAUUUAAGCUUGGUCCACAAGUCUUUCAAUUCCUAUAUGAACAUUUUCUUUUCCAUGAUUUUUCAUUGAAGAAUUUCAUAUUUGGUCUUAAGUUCUGUAUGAUGGAUCAUUUCUAUGAAAACGUACUAAGUGUCUUGUGUUCCAGCUCGAAUUAUGACACAAUACGUGAAUUCUCUCAUCAGCAACUGGAAAUCAUUCGAAAGUUACCUUCGUUUAGAAAUUAUGCUGAAAGGCAAAGCGGUGAAGAUCUUCGUAAAUUGCUCAUAAAUGACGAGUUUGCUGUUGAAAUCCUAUGUGAAAAGUUACAAGAAUUUAAAUCCUAUCAUGCACACUUCUUCCCCGUUCUUCGAUGCCUUAGUGCUUUAGUUUUAAAACUACCUGGUUUUCCAUUGGGAAAGAAGUGUCGCGAUGUUUAUGAACACUGUCUGAAAACAAAUGUUUGGGAGUUGGAUCUCUAUCAGCGAGCAUUGAAGAUAGCGUCUUUUAUUUCCAAAGACAACCUAAUCUCGCUACUUGAAGAAUGUAUAGAACAGCUUUCUUCAGCUAGUGCAAAUAGUGGGGAAGUUUUUGAUAAUUUUUCAAACUAUGUGACCUCUCUUCAAGGUUUGCUGAAUGAUUUUGAAGAACUAUCUGAAGUUGCAGUCAAUUUUACAGACGACCGUAGUUCCAAACUGACUAGCAACGUAAAAGAUAGAUUUGAAUUAAAAGAGAAACUAAAAAUUGCCGUUUAUAAACGCAAGGAGACGCCGUUUGAAAAGUUUAGGGAAUUAGCGAUAUGUAGUUUGGAUAAGAUGUUCAAAGAGCACCUUUCCUGUCCUAGUACCAAAGUAUUACAUGAAAUUUUCUAUUACGAUGACGUAAACAUUGUGAAGCAACGUCUUAGAGGCUGUCCUCGUGUGGCUAUUCAAACAGCUUUAAACGACCCGCAUUAUUAUUUCAAUUGCUCUUGCUGUGAAAUUGAAGCAGACUGUAUUCAAGACACACUACCUGAUAUUUGUGUAGUCUUCAAGCUUCAUUUAGAAUGUGGGAGAUUAAUAAAUCUUUACGACUGGCUUCAAGCUUUUAUCACUGUCAUUGAACCACAACUUGCUACUUCAAAAAAAGCUAAUAAUGAGAAGCAGCAAAUUUUGCAAGCAAGAUUUAUUCAGUCUGUGUCAGAGUUGCAGUUUCUAGGAUUUAUAAAAAGUACAAAAAGGAAAACUGACCAUAUUUCUAGAUUAACGUGGGGAAGCUGUUGAUUAUCGUGGAAGAAACAGUCGAAGAACUUUGCCUUAAUGCGGCUUCCUUUUUCAUGUCGUCAAGCUUAACCUGAGAAAUGUUAAGAAAAUUAACUCUUUUUUUGCAACGAAACGAUUUAUGACUACCAUAUUCUAUAAACCCGCAAAUGUACGAUGGAUUUGUAGAAUUUUGUGGAAUGCUUAUAAAUAGAAUGUACCCUUCCAUGAAAGCAUCAUUUUAUUUACCAUUCCACCCAUAAAAUAGCUACACACAGAACUGAGAAUUGCAACAACAAAAAAAUUGGAUUCUCUCAAAUGUGGAAAUUACCAAAAUAUGAAAUGUUUCGAUGGAUGUUCAGAUACCUUAUUUUCCCGUAACAUGAUCAU